CCAAUAAACGUCAAACUAGCAGAAAGACGUUACUGUAGCAGGGACAAGUAAAGGCGACGGCAAAGUGUAAGAGGCAAGAGGGGAUUAAAUAGGCCACACUACAACUAAUGAGGUGCCAGCACAAUACAAUUGCAACGCGCGGAAGGAGCUAAGAUAUUUGGUAUCACUGAUAGAAUUUGGAGGUUGUUUUAAAUAAUAUUUUGAAGAAAUUUGAUAAAACUUCAAAAUUCCAUUUAUAUACGUAUACGUGUGUAUACGAAUAUUAAUAUAUAUGUAUUGAUAUAACUGUACUGAUAAAAUGACAACGGAAAAAGAUUUGGUAAAUGCGGUAAGAGAAUCUUUAGAAGCUGGUGGAGAGCUUGGUCGUAUAAGAGCUGAAAUGCGAACUGAAGUUUUCAAAUUAUUAGAUAGUUCUAAUAUGGAAAAUAAAACACAAAAUUCCAAACAAUCUUCUGAUAUUGUUAUUUUCAAUGAGCUUGUUCGCGAAUAUUUAAAUUGGAUGGGAUUUAAAUACAGUUCAACUGUAUUUGUUGCAGAAUGCGAUCUUUCAAAACAUCCUUAUGAUCGAACAUUACUGGCACAAGCUUUGGGAAUAAAAGAAACUGAUACAAGCAAAAAGUUACCCUUGCUUUGUGGCAUAAUAGAUACAUUGAAGCAUAUGAAAAAUACAUAAGAAAUUAUA